UGAGGGUGCAUGAAUCUAUUGGCUGCAGGCUCCAUUCAACACUGUCCAAUAGCAUCUGGAGAGAGACAGAGGGAGAGGGAGAAAGAGAGCGAGAAAGAUGUGGACGUCGUAGUUUUUUCUUCUGUUAACGAUAAUCACGUCCUGUACGGUAUUCAGUUGUUGCGGGGUUCAGACCACAAAUACUUAGGCUAUUCCCGGGAGCUCACGGCAUCGGUGGAAUUUACCCCAGGCACGUCGCUGGUGCACGAGGCUCUGCAGUCAUCGACACACGGUCCCAGGAUUUCUCUCACCGCUGCUCCCCUGUCCUCUCUCCCCAUCUUCUUUUCAGCUUUCUUCGCAGUGAGAAAUGAAACGCUCUGUCAGCUGACAUUUUUACUGCAGCAGCUGCGUGAACAGACCAAUGGAGCAAUGACGUGUGUGUCGGCAGAACAGUGUGACUGUACGAAGAGAACCGGGAGGUGACUGGCUGACCCAGGGAGGAGAGAGACAUAUUCUGAGACACACACACACACAAAACUGAGCAGGGCUGUGUGAGCGUGUGUUAGACUCUCAGACGGAGUCCUGAUCUAAACCGAACGCCGACACUCCCACAUGUCUCCCCCGUCUACCCCCAACCUUAUCCCCUCUCUGCCCUCCUCUCUACUGUGUGUCCUCUCCAUGCUCCUGUCCCUGUCCAGACUGAGGGGCAUCCUCCCCCCUCUCCUCUCCCUUGUCCUGUCCCUCCCCCCUGCUGCUAGCCAGUCAGUCAUCACCACAUCCCAGGGCAGACUGAGGGGUCUGUUGACCCCCCUGCCUUCUGACCUGCUGGGCCCUGUGGUCCAGUACCUGGGGGUCCCCUACGCCCGCCCCCCCACCGGGGAGAGACGCUUCCAGCCCCCCGAGCCCCCCCUGUCCUGGCCGGGGGUGAGGAACGCCACCCAGUUCUCCCCUGUCUGCCCCCAGCCUGUAGAGGAACACAGCCUGCUGACAGAGAUGUUACCUCUCUGGUACUCUGCCAACCUGGACAUAGCCAGCGCAUACCUGGCACAGCAGAGUGAAGACUGCCUCUACCUCAAUAUAUACGUCCCUACUGAGGAAGACAUCCAUGAUGAGGGCGGUCUGCGGCCAGUGAUGGUGUAUGUCCAUGGAGGUUCUUAUUCUGAAGGGAGCGGCAACAUGAUGGACGGCAGUGUCCUCGCUAGCUAUGGAAACGUCAUUGUCAUCACAAUCAACUACAGGCUGGGAGUACUGGGUUUCCUCAGUACGGGUGACCAGGCAGCUAAAGGCAACUACGGUCUGUUGGACCAGAUCCAGGCUCUGCGCUGGGUGAAGGAGAACAUUGCUGCAUUCAGCGGAGACCCAGACAGAGUCACCGUGUUUGGCUCCGGGGCUGGAGCCUCCUGUGUCAGCCUGCUAACUCUGUCCCACUACUCUGAGGCAUGCUGUGUAUCAGAUCUGUUCCAGAAGGCGAUCAUCCAGAGUGGGACAGCCCUGUCCAGCUGGGCGGUCAACUACCAGCCAGGGAAGUAUGCAAGGCUGCUGGGGGACAAGGUGGGCUGCAGCCUGGAGGACUCAUCAGAGCUGAUCGUCUGCCUGCAGGGGAAGACCUACCAGGAGCUGGUGGAACAGAAUAUCACUCCAGCUAAAUACCACACCGCUUUCGGACCUGUCAUCGACGGUGAUGUCAUCCCUGAUGACCCCCAGAUACUCAUGGAGCAGGGAGAGUUCCUCAACUACGACAUCAUGCUGGGUGUGAACCAGGGGGAGGGGCUUCAGUUCGUUGACGGGAUGGUGGACAGUGAGGACGGUGUCUCCAGCGACGAUUUUGACUUUGCCGUGUCAGACUUCGUGGACAGUCUCUACGGCUACCCAGAGGGGAAGGACACACUGAGAGAGAGCAUCAAGUUCAUGUACACAGACUGGGCCGACCGGGAGAACCCUGAAACCCGGCGGAAGACGCUAGUCGCGCUGUUUACUGAUCACCAGUGGGUGGCGCCGGCGGUGGCCACAGCAGACCUCCACGCCCAGUACGGAUCGCCAACAUAUUUCUACUCCUUCUACCACCACUGUCAGAGUGACGCAUCGCCCGCCUGGGCUGACUCCGCUCAUGGAGAUGAGGUGCCGUAUGUGUUCGGUCUGCCGCUGAUCGGCCCAACGGACCUCUUCAACUGUAACUUCUCUAAGAACGAUGUGAUGCUCAGCGCCGUGGUCAUGACAUACUGGACGAACUUCGCCAAGACAGGAGAUCCUAACCAGCCGGUGCCCCAGGACACCAAGUUCAUCCACACCAAACCCAACCGUUUUGAGGAGGUGGCCUGGGCCAAGUACACCCCCAAGGAACAGCUGUACCUGCACAUCGGCCUGAAGCCACGCGUCAGAGACCACUACAGGGCCGCCAAGACAGCUUUCUGGCUACAGCUGGUGCCCCACCUCCACAACAUCAACGAGUUGCUGCAGUACGUGUCCUCUGCAACCCACAGUCCUCCCCAGGACACCACCCCCCACUCCUACACCAAGCGGCUGUCUAAAGGCCUGGGCUUGGGUAGCACGCGCCACCCCAACCCCCCGGCCACGCCCCAGGCUCCAGCACUGCAGGGGGAGGAGCUCCAGGUCCCCCACCCCGUUAUGGAGGACUACUCCACUGAGCUGAGUGUUACCAUUGCAGUGGGAGCCUCACUCCUCUUCCUCAACAUCCUGGCCUUUGCAGCUCUGCUCUACAAGAAGGACAAACGCAAGAUGGAACACCGGAGGCUGCCACGCCCACCUCCACGCCGUGACAUCAUGAACGCUGACAUCACACACCAGCUGCAGGGGGAGGGACUUCUGAAGCAGCUGGAGGCUGAGGCUCUGCACCAACACAACACGCUGGAGAUACACGACACACAUAACAUACACCACACACUGGAGGCUCUGGACACGCUGGACACACAGGACAUCUACAACACUCUGGACACCCUGCGACUGACCUGUCCACCUGACUACACCCUGACCCUGAGACGCUCCCCUGACGACGUGCCUCUGAUGACCCCCAGGUCCCUGCCCAUGACCCCUGGCUCUCACCCUGCCACCCCCAUGACCCCCAUGACCCCUGGAUCUGUUGUGGGGGUGCAGCCCAUGCAGUGCUAUAGUCCUUACAGUAACACUCACCUGCCCCAUACACACACGCACACACACCCCAACACACACACACAUUCUACCACACGCGUAUAACCACAGACAGAGAUGGGGCAGAACGAAGCAGGAUAGUUUCUCCAGCACCUAAGAUGGCGGAACGAUCCAGUCUGCCGUGUUGCAUGAAUAGAACAAUGAGGGAGCAGAAGUGAUGAACUCUGGGAGAUGAAAUAAUGUGCAUCAGUAAAAAGAACAUUAUAAAUGAGAACAUCCAAUAUGGCUGCCAAUUUGGUCCAUACAUCAUGGAAACAUUGCUUCUAUAAGCUGCGUCCGAAAUGGCCAAAGUUGCCAUGUGACUUGCCCUGGAGCGGGGCUGCUGUGAUGUCCAGAUCAGACUACUGACUGAACCCUCUGGGAACAACUUGAAGAACCUGUGAAAUGUGAAUGUAGAAUAUUUCAAUUGCAAUGAAAUCCUUCAGAGGAUCAACUUUCCCUGCAGCUCUGUGCUCAGCCAGGCCAGGGAUGUGGUCUGAAGGACAGACAGACAGACAGAUGGACAGACAGAUGGACAGGGACAGAAACAGACUGUAUUCAUAGCACCUGGGACAAAUUCCUCUGAAUGGUUCAACAAUAACAAGUUCAACAGUCCGAAGAUCUACCAACCAGCAGUCUGUUCAAAUAUGUAAAUAACUUGUAAACAUAAUGGAGAAAAGAUGGUAAGAUUUAAAGCUUUUACUGUUUUAUUGCAUUCAAAUAUGUUAUUUAACGACCGUAGCUUUUAAUUUGAGUUGAUUAUAAAUGUAUAGGUCCCCAGAAUAAGAUGUAAUUUGACGCUUGACUAACCCUGACCACAUCUAACAAGAUGUAAACCCUGACCCUAACACUAACCCUGACCACAUCUAACAAGAUGUAAACCCUGACCCUAACACUAACCCUGACCACAUCUAACAAGAUGUAAACCCUGACCCUAACACUAACCCUGACCACAUCUAACAAGAUGUAAACCCUGACCCUAACACUAACCCUGACCACAUCUAACAAGAUGUAAACCCUGACCCUAACACUAACCCAGACCACAUCUAACAAGAUGUAAACCCUGACCCUAACACUAACCCUGACCACAUCUAACAAGAUGUAAACCCUGACCCUAACACUAACCCUGACCACAUCUAACAAGAUGUAAACCCUGACCCUAACACUAACCCUGACCACAUCUAACAAGAUGUAAACCCUGACCCUAACACUAACCCUGACCACAUCUAACAAGAUGUAAACCCUGACCCUAACACUAACCCAGACCACAUCUAUGCCCAACCUCUUCCCUGAUCUGAAACUGACCUGUCCCGAAAUUGAACUGGGUCUGUCCUUGGCCCCAUCUCUCAACCAUGGACCCUUACUUUUGUCCAUACCCCUGACCUGUAACCUCUGACCCUGACCUCUAACCUUAUCCUCAUCCUAACUUUGACCUGCAUCCUAACUUGGACCCUCAUCCUAACCUCAACCUGUCUAUGAACUCUUAUUUCAGUCCUUACGCUUAUUGACCCCUUACCUCUAACCCUGUCUUCUAACCCUGAUCCUGACCCUACCUGCUUCCACCAUGUCUCCCAGAGACAAAACUGAUCAGUUGACCCAAGACCCUAAUUCAAUCAUACUGAAGUCUAAAACGUUGCGAUUAAAAUCCGUCCCGAUUUUUUGUGAGCUUUUUGAACCAUAAAAUAAAACUAAUAUGAAAUCAUACACUGAAAGCUGAAAUAGUGGAUCUGAAACAAUGAAUCUUAUUUUAAAUACUACCAUAGGCUAGAUUAAAAGGUUUAUUUUUUUCAAAAUAUUUUCAGUUUCUGCCUUAACGGAUGGAAGGAGUCUUUGCUGUAUGUACUGUAUGAACUUUCUGCUCCAUUUUGUUAAAUAAAGUAUCAGUAUUUUACCAUU